GAAUUCCUCCGUAACUCCACUACCUCAACUUCUCUCGAAUCCGUUCUCUUUUCUUCUCUAUACUUGUUUGAGGCUUGCAGGGAGGAAUUGUCGUCUUGGGGUGAUGCCGGACGGUGAGAGCGGUUGACGGAAUUGCUAUACGGAGGUCAGAAUCUUGGUUUUGUGGCACACUCCGAGGGUGCGGUUCUCGGUUUAGGCAUCAGAGGAGCUGGCACGCAUCGUUCAAUUUUGCUCAUCUUUUGAUUGACGAGUUAGGGUUUCUCUUCCUUUGUUGUGAUCGUGUUCUUGAUGAAUGGCCUAGUUAAUGUUCUUAGCUAGUAGCCAUCGAUCGAACCGUUCCGGAGCUAAUUCUUUAUUGUUCGUGUCUUUAGCUUCCGCCAGUAGCCAAUUACCUCCGCUGGUCGCAUUUGUUUUGAUCUUGAGAUCGAAAUCAGGCGUUGCGUUCUAAUAUGGAUCCUCAGCACUUGGCAGAAACCCUCAAGCAUUUGUCAAAGCAAGAUGAGCUAUUGAGGGAAGUUUUGGGUUCGUUGCAGGGUGAGCUGACCAAGCUCAAGGCCGAGGAGCUAAUGCUGAUGGAGAAAUACAGUCAACUAAAGAAUCCUCUUGAACUUAUCAUACGGGUAUUAUUGCCUGAAUCUAAAUUGCUGUUAUUCCCUCUGUAUUGAUGAGUUUCUCCCCCCUUUACUGGGAGAAUCAAAGCGUAGGUUCUGUGCUGUCGUUCUCGUAAGUAGAAAGGAUAUUGCCCAAGAUUGGCUUUUGGUCUCCAUGGUGUUGGUUGUUUAGCUAUGAUUCAUUUUUACCUUUCAGUGUGUCAUCCCUUGCCUCAAUGCUCAAUUUGCUUCUUGUUGGAUGUUUAGCUUAUGAUUCUUGUUUUUGGUAGAGCAAGGAGGAUGGCAAUGGACUUGAUGGCGAAACUGGGCAGACCGAGGAGGACGGCAAUGGACUUGAUGGCCAAACUGGGCAGACCAUUCCUUUAAUUACAUCCGGCACAAAUGACUCUGUUGGUGAUGAAGUAGAUCACACAGCCACCUCUAACAAAGAUAAGUAAUCUCAGUCGUGAAUUUAUGAGCUUUCUGCUCAUGUUCUUGUGUAGGCACAAUUUUGUUGAUGAAAUUCAUAUGUACCGCUUCCACAAGUGAGAAUUAAACGUCGCAACAUUUUAUCAAAGAUUUGUAUUUGUUGAAGAGGAGAAAAGCCAUGCAUGCGAGACAGCUGAUGUGUAUCCCAUGGAGCAACCCGUUACUGAAUGAUGAUAGCGUGCUCUAAUAUAGUGCAUUUGAUUUUUCAUGUCAUACUGUGGGUUGGGUUUUUAUGUAAUGGGGCUUUAUUAUUGCAUCUAUCUCGUCUUUCUUACAUAAUAGAUAUGCGCACGCUUGCGCUCCGCACCCAGUGGUAUAGAACACUCUAAAUGUGUUGGUAUGAAAUUAGUAAAAUGUAACUCCCUAAACAGCAAGAAAAAUCCGAAGUGUGGG